AGACGGCUGAGAGGCCAUAAAGGCUAAAGCGGCUGCCACGUGCUGUAUUGCUUCCCGGAGCCGCCCUGGCCUUAUUGCUACUGCGGCCGAGGAUGGCAAUGUUUGCUGGUUUGACAUGCGGUGCAAAGAUGUGGCUUUUACUAUGGAUGUUGCCAAUCAUAAUCCCAUUUCCUCGAUCUGUUUCAAGCCAGGGUCAAUUACCAUGGAUAUGGCACUUCACGGGACCAAGAUGAAGAUGACGAUUAGGGGUGGACACGCUUUAUCCCAGCCUGAAUUCCUCUUCUGUAUCUCCAAUCCGGCUCAAUUCCUCUUCUCUGUUCUUAUGCUGGGCAAAAAAAAGGUACCUAUAGAGGUGGAGAAGGCCGAAGAACAAGAAGCAGAGCAGAAGGCUGAAGAAGAUGAACAGGGCUGAGCAGAAGGCUGAAGAAUUGAU